CAAGGGAGGUCUUGGGUCCGAGUUAGGCAGUUCCUGGGAGACACAACGUGGACCCUAAAGCCUUCCCCACCUGGAAUGUGGUUGACAAGGAAUAGCUUUUGAAGAUCAUGGUGUGUCAGAGGAGCUGGAGACGGCUCUCUUCAGCCUGGCUUCUCACUCUGGGGCUAUUUGUUUUGAGAGAGACCCGGGCAGCACACCACAGACAUAUGGGCCAGUUCACUGCAGUGGGCACAUGUAAUUCUCUCUUGGAACUAAGUGUAAUUAGCUUCAUGGAUGAUGUUCCAGUGGGAUCCUAUAACAACAUAUACAAGCAAAUUAAUAUCAAGAUACCCUGGAUCUUCAAAGCACUGGGAGCUGAUUACAUUACCAAGAGGGAUCAUUUAUUGGUGGACCAUGAGCAACAUUUCCGCUGGAUCAUCCCAUUCUUAUCAAAGAAUGACACUAACCCUAACAGAAACCACACAGCGCAGCUCCUCACAGACUGUGAAAUAGACAAUGACGUCAAGGUAAAGAGCCAUGUCCAUUUAAUUUGGGAUGGGGUAGAAUAUUACAGGAUAGAUGAAGAAGUUGGGCAGUGGGACAACUUAAAGCCUGAAACCAACCAAUAUCAGCAGAUUCUGGAUACUCCCUACUGGACAGAUCUAAGGAAACGCUUUAUGAGUGAAUAUUGUGUCGACCUGUUGAGGAAAAUCAUUGGAUACUCAAGCUUAAGGGAUAAUGUGCCCCCUGAAGUGACCGUAUCUCGCCAUGUCAACUCGGAAGUCAGAAUCAUUCUCUCCUGCACAGCCACAGGCUUCUACCCACGUUCCAUCCUGCUGCAGUGGAAGAAGAAUGGGGAGCUGGGAGUAUGGGGAAAGGAGACUUCCAGUGGCAUCCUGCCCAACAUGGAUUCCACCUUCUACCUCCGCCUUACCUUAGAGCUCCCACCAGAGGACUCAGGGACAGGUUUUACCUGUGUAGUAGAACACACCGAGUUGAAGACUCCUGCUGUGUAUCCAGUCCCUGAAAAGCCCACACUGGAGAAGCCUUAGGUCCUGACACUGAACAUAAUGUUGGCUGUCAUUCUACUGAUGAGCUGUGCUGGCGCCUUCAUACUAUGGAAAAAAAGGAAGUCAGGUGUGCAUGUAAUGAGAGAAAGAUGAGAGAAAGGUAUUGGAUGGGGAGCUCCAAAAGAGAUGGGAAAUAUUGCUACUACAGCAACCUCAAUAACUGAUUGUUGAAAAACAGUUUGAGAAGAGAAUCCCAGAAUCUUAAGCUUGUACUUAGACUACUUUAAAAAUUAUUUUUAGUUUCUAGAUUCUUCUGUCUUUUAUAAAUAUCUUUGGAAAGUGAAAUGGGAAGAUGAGGACCCUGUAUAGUUCCAUUUAUUUUUUAAGCAGCUUCUCUAAUUUCCUUCUUUAUCAU